AUGGACGGAGCAAAAGUUAUAAAUCCGUUCCCAGUUUCCAAAGCCAACGCUCAGGAAUGGGAACAAUGGAAGUCCGUUCUAGAAUUUUAUUUCACAUCCGAGAAGAUUACCGAUGCCAAGGCGAAGCAAGCGAAGUUAAUCCUGUUGGGAGGAAAAGAGAUUCAAGAGUUGUACUUUUCGUUUCCCAAGGUGACGCAAUAUCCGACUGGUUAUGAUGAGUAUACUUAUACGAUCGACUGUUUGGAUGGUAAGCUUGGCCGCAAAAGUACCAAGUGGUAUGAACGUUACAUACUCGCCAAGAUGUCUCAAGGUAAAGAAGAACGUUUUGCUUCUUUUGUAACUCGCGUUCGUAAUCAAGCUUUAAAGUGUGAUUAUACGACUGAAGAGCAACGCAAAGAAGCAGUCCAGCUGCAAAUAAUACUCGGUUGUCAGUCUAACGAAUUAAGAACCGAAUUAUUGCGUACCAAAGCUACGACUACGUUAGAAACGUUCGAAGAGAUGGGCCAAACGAGUGAAACGGUUUCUCAACAGGCCAACGUGAUCGGUUCCAGUGCCACAGCGUCGAUGCCCGGUGUCUCCGGCCAACCUGAUUCGUCCAAGCUGUGUAAGGUCGACGAUAAAAGGAAAAAAGCUUUCAGACGUGGGAAAAGUAAUUCGAAGCAGUCGAAGGUGGCGAAUGGGAAUGCUGAUACCAGUCCAAGGUCGAAUAAGGAUUUUUGUUACGGUUGUGGUUAUGAAAAACAUACCACCAAGGACCUUAAGUGUCCAGCCGCGAAUGUAAAGUGUUCGAAGUGCAAUCGUGUUGGGCAUUACUCGAAAAUGUGCAAGUCGGCUCCGCAACAAAAUUCGAGUGCGUCAGACGGUAAAUCGAAAGUGAAAAUGGUCGGAAUCGAAUCGUACGGUAAUAACGUGGACGAGCCUAUUUUUUGUGUUCGUAGUGACGAAAGACGCGGGGAUGAAAUUGUGCCUUGCGAGUUCGGUGGUGUUAACGUCGAAAUGUUUAUUGAUUCCGGUUCGGCCUUUUCUAUCGUUUCGUACGGUCAGUGGCGAAAAAUUCGUAAAAGUAGUAAAUUUAAAGUUGUUCGUUUUCUACCUAAACCUGAUAUCGUUUUCGGGGAUGGGUCAGGUCAGUUUCGUUAUAAUGUUCGUUCGUCGGCGUUGGUCGAAAUCGUGUGUAAUAAUCGGUUGUGUAUCGCCGAAGUGAUAAUUAUUGACGAAAAUUUACCUCUUUUGCUCGGUAGUGAGGACGCUAAGGCGCUUGGUGUUCUAAAAGUCGGUUUGCAAGCAGCUGAGAGCGAGCGAAUUCGUGUCAUCUCUGAUAAGAAAGCUACUCCGCUCGGAAAGUUGAAAGAUUUCCAGCUACACAUACCGAUCAAUCCUGAAGUUUCACCAGUAGCGCAACCUAUGUAUCGUUUACCAUAUGGGUUACGUCCAGCAGUAGAGCAGGCGAUAAACGAGUUGUUGGAAUUAGACGUGAUAGAGCCAGUUAGCGGUCCUACGAAAUGGGUCUCACCAAUCGUUUUGGAGCCCAAGUCUGAUGAUACUUACCGGUUAUGUGUCGAUUGUCGUCGAGUUAACAAGGCGGUCUUAUGUGAGAAACAUCCGAUCCCAGUUCUGGAAGAGAUGGCGCCGCAGCUUAAGGAGGCUACUGUCUUCAGUAAAGUUGACCUGUAUAUGGCGUAUCGACAAGUCGAGUUGGACCUGGCAUCGAGAGAAAUUACGACAUUCUCUACUCAUCUCGGUUUAUUCAGAUGUAAACGGUUAAUCGAAGGUCUGAAAAGUGCAGCCGAGCAGUUCCAGAAAAUUUUGGAAAGUAUUCUGGCCGGUUUAAGAGGCCAAGUUAAUUUCAUCGACGAUAUCGUAGUUUUUGGUAAAGAUAAGGAGGAACACGAUAGAAAUCUGAAAGCUGUUCUUGAUCGUUUAGAGGAAGUCGGUUUAUCUGUCAAUAUGAAGAAAUCGAAGUUUGGGCAGUCCGAAAUCACGUUUUUGGGUCAUGUCAUUGGUCACGGUAUGAUCAAGCCUACGAUCGAUAAAGUCGAAGCGAUCAGAGAGUUCCGGCUACCUGAAACGUCCGAGGAAUUGAAAAGUUUCCUGGGUUUGGUAUCCUAUGUCGGUAAAUUCAUACCAAAUCUGUCGACGGAGCUAGACGUUUUGCGACGUGUGUCCAGAUCUGUACCGUUUGAAUGGUCUGGAGAAGCAGUGCAACAUUUUCUUCAUGUACGUUCGUUACUUUCCGAUGAGAGUCACCUUUACCUGUACGAUCCCGAUUUGCCAACGAUUGUGAUGGCCGAUGCAAGCCCUGUAGGCCUCGGUGCGGUGUUGCUGCAAAAAAAGGGCGAAGAAAAUCGAGUAAUUUGUUAUGUUAGUCGCUCGCUUACAGACGUAGAGCGAAGGUACUCCCAAACCGAAAAGGAGGCAUUAGCCCUAGUCUACGCUGUCGAAAGACUAAAAUACUACUUAAUCGGUCACAAGUUCGAGUUGAUAACAGACCAUAAGCCGUUGGAAGUCAUUUUCGGUCCGAAGUCGAAGCCGUGCGCAAGAAUUGAGAGGUGGGUGCUCCGGUUACAGGCGUUUGAUUAUGUUGUAAAGUACGCACCAGGCAAAAAUAACAUUGCCGACCCCCUUUCUCGCUUACUUCAAGUCGAGCCUCCAGCGAGCAGUGUUAAUCAGAUGUACGAGAAGAAUCUGAUUGGUUUCGUGGAGCAUCUUGUUCCAAGAGCAGUGACGUUACGUGAUAUUCGCGAAGCAACGAAGAAGGACCCUGAGCUGUCGAGCAUUUGCGACGAUUUACUGUUUAAUCGAGAGUUGAAAGUCAAACCGUACUCAGCGAUUGCUACAGAGCUCUGCGUUGUUAGUGGUGUUCUUCUACGAGGGAAUCGAAUCGUUGUGCCCUCCGACAUUCGUGAACAGAUUUUAAGUAACGCACACGAGGGUCAUCCCGGUAUUAGCAAGACGAAGGAGCGUUUACGAACCAAGGUUUGGUGGCCAGGAAUCGAUGCGAUGGCAGAAAAGUAUGUACGGAGUUGUGAUUCGUGCCAGAAGGUCGAUAAGUCAAUUACGAUCGAGCAGAUGGCGAGAAGAAAGCUGCCGGAUGGGCCAUGGCAAGAUUUAGCAAUCGAUUUCAAGUCGUUACCUGCGUCAAAGCAACAUCUGUGUGUUGUAGUCGAUUAUUUUAGCCGUUAUGUCGAGGCUAUAAUCAUGAACGAGAUUUCUGCUGAGUCAACUGUCGAGUUUCUCACCGAUAUUUUUGCGAGACACGGAGUUCCCUAUUCGAUAACGUCUGAUAACGGAGCUCAGUUUACGUCAGCUGUCUUCAAGAAUUUUUGCUUGUCUUACGGUAUUGUGUCUUAUACCUCGCCUCCCUAUUGGCCACAAGCGAACGGUGAAAUCGAAAGGCAGAAUCGUUCCCUGUCGAAGGUCCUGAAAGUUGCGCAGUUGAAGAACGAGAGUGUUAAACGUGCUCUAGUCGAUUAUUUGUUGAUGUACCGUUCCACGCCGCAUUCAGUGACUGGUAAAAGCCCAGCCGAGUUGUUGUUCGGAAGAAAAAUGCGCGAUAAGUUGCCUACCUUGAAGGAACGUGUCGAAGAAAUAGCAGUUCGUGAUGCUGAUGCCUAUAGCAAGGGCAAAUCGUUAUUGUCAACAAAUGCCAAUCGUGUGUCUGAGAAGAAUUUGGCAGUAGGUGACGAAGUCCUAAUCGAGCGUCCUUUUACCCGAAAUAAAGGGGAGUCUAAGUUCGCCGAAGAAACGGGUACGGUAAUCGCGGUUCAUGGGCCAGAAGUAAUUGUUCGUACGCCACACGGUGAUAGGCGUAAACACAAAAACCAAGUAGAACGAUAUGAUCGACGUUCGUCUGGUGUAAACGUUGAAGGUGUUCAGCAGUCAAGCGAUGAUGAUAGUGCGGUUAUCGAGCCAGCGUCCGCUUCAGCUGAAGGAAGUGAAUUGUCUACAACUACGAGUGUGAGACCAUCUCGCGAAGUAAAAAAGCCGACAUGGCUUAAGGAUUAUGUGUAG